AUGCCUUCUCUCGUCCGUACCCUCGCCGUCGCCCUCCUAGUCACCUCGACGGCCUAUGCCUGCGACAGUAUUCCGCUGUGCUGCGCGACCAUGUACGACGGACCUUCCCCUGAGGCCACCCAGGCCAUCCAGAAGGCGGGCGUCCCGAGCUCGGACAUCGUCUACCCCAUCGGCGUCGGCUGUAUCCCGACCGAGAACCCGCCUGCUACUUACAUUCUGACUUGCAACUCGCCAGACACGAAGGCGUGCUGUGAUAGUUCUCUGCAAAACGGGCUUGCGUACAAUUGCACGGCCAUGAACUGA